GAAAUCCAACGGUUUGUUUACAAACAGAAAUUUGUGAUGUCUUCCGCCAUGGACGUUGGAGUUUCCUCUCACUAUUUUUUCGGUGAUUCCGUCGACUUUUACCACGAUUUUCAGGGAGAAUGUGAAGAUUGUGGAAGAAUAGUUCCAGAGUGGUCAUUGUUACAGUGUCAGUAUGGCUUUUGCGGGAAAUUUUGCUGCACAAAAUGUGGAUUUCGUUGUCGCAACUGUGGGCAGUAUGAAGACCGCUCUGUUUCGCUUUGUUUAUCUCACGCCCUAAUGGUUUAUCCUCCUUGUGAUGGUUGUAAGAAACAGUUCUGUGAUGUCUGCUCCAAGAUAUCUGUAACUCAGGUUUGUCUUUUAUGGUGACGUGGCAUGUAAAAUUAGUUAAGUUUGUACAAAACUGUAAUUUUUACCGGCCGGCUUUUCGCAUGUAAACAAAAUUUGGGCGCCAAGAUUAUACAAUUGGUUCUGUUACGAUCAUUGAGAAGAGAAAAAGCUAAGUAACCUACUAAGUAAAAAUACGUUUCUUGAACAUAAAUAAUUAAUAACAGAGGUCCAACAACGGAGAAAACAAACAUGACCGCGCAAAAUGUGUGCUAAAUUCGCCAUCACCUCUAGAGAGUGACGCUAUUAAAGAAAUACAACAAAGAAAAUCGUCGCGGCAAUACACGGCGCUGUGUAUUAUAUUGGCUUUCAACCGAGGUUGGCGCUUUUAAAAAAGAAGCUUUUUUAAAAAUAAUAACAAUUAAUUAGAAAUAAACGAUAGGGGUAGAAGAAAUAAAAGCUAAGACUGAUCUUUUAGCCCGGGGGAGGGGGGGGGGCGAGUACUGGCCCUCAGUGUGGCCUAUAAGGGGAUGUGCCACUGGACAGGGUAUGGUUUUUUACCUCUCUGUCCUAUAAAACACUAGAGCAUAUAAUUUCAUGUAAAUCUGUCAACAGGGUAUUGCCUGCACAAUUGAUUGAUUUGCAAGAUAAAUUUUGUUUGUACUCCAAGGAGACAAAAGCCUAUAAUGUGAAUUUGCUCUAUUGCAAUUGUCAAAAUAAUAAAUAAUAAAAUUGAGGGUGUUGUCCUAAACAGGGUAUGUAUUUUAGGAAUUUCUUUACCUAAACAGGGUCAGGGUGUCAAACCCUAUCCACCCCCCCUCCCCCGGGUCUUUUAGCCUUUAUUUCAGUGUCUUCAGUAAUGUCUGAUUUUAACACUAUCAUAUUUCUGUUUCUUUUUGAAGUGUAAAUCCUGCCUGAAACAUUUCUGCACUAAAUGCCAAAGCCAAGAGAAUGAAAAUAUUUCCAAGAGUGGAACCUGUGACCAGUGUGAUAUUAAAGCUCUACACACCCUUCAGGAGAUUUGUCGAACACAAAUACGACACACCAUCAGGGGUGCAAUUGGAAAACCUGGGCCACCAUAUCACAUGCUACAGUCAAGGGAUAUAGACCAAAAUGUUGAACAUCUUCCCCUCCCUGGUCCCGUGAAAAACUAUGUGUGUUAUAAAUAG